AUGAGGGCCCACUCUAAUUUGGGCUGUCCCACUAGGGCCCCACCUGGACCCCAUAGUGUGGGGCCCACGCGUGCCCCACAUUUCACGCCCACAUGGGCCCCUAAAGGGUUUGCUGUGGGCCCACAACUGGCCCCAAUGGGGGCCCACUCUACUUACUCUGGGCCUGCCCACAGUCAGCCCACACUUUGGGGUGUACCACUGGGGCCCCACCUGGGUCCCAUAGUGUGGUGCCCACACGUGCCCCGCAUUUCGCGCCGGUAUCUGGGCCCACAGUGGGCUGCCCGCAAUGGCCCCAUUCGGGCCCCAAUGGAGCAUGUUUGCUGGGUUCUUGCUAUCUGGGUGAUUGAUGCGGGGCUGCACGAUUUGCCCACAGCUAAACUCACUGUACAUCCAGAAACAUCUGUUUUCACUGGAGAGACAGUGAUCAUGAAGUGUGACAUUGAGUCUGAUUACAGUAACUGGAGAUAUGAGUGGUAUAAAGACAGAACUGUCGUGUCUGAGUCUGAGCGUUACACUGUAAACACAAACACUCUCACUAUCAGAGGAGCUACUGAGUCUGAUCAACAUCAGUUCUGCUGUCGAGGAAAGAGAGAUGGAAGACCAGCAACAUCACAGAACACAAGUGUUACUCUUUCUGUUAAAGACUCAAAGCUCAAUCCUGAACUCACAUCAGAUACUGCAGGAGCUGCACUGACAGGAAACACGGUGACUCUGAUCUGUCACAUGACUCAGACCACUGGAUGGGACUUUUACUGGUACAAACACACACAGAACUCUGAGAAAAACAAGACAGAAACAAACUCCUACAGAGUCCAUAUUGAUUCAGUGUCUGAUGGAGGUCAGUACUGGUGUAGAGCUGGAAGAGGAGAACCAGUUUACUACACAAACUACAGUGAUGCAUUGUGGGUCAGUGUCACAGCUCAACGUCCCUCAGUGUCUCUGAUCAUCAGUCCCAGCAGAAGUCAACACUUCUCAUCUCACUCUCUCUCUCUGAACUGUGAGGAUCACAAUAACUCCACUGGAUGGACAGUGAGAAGAAACACAGACAGUGAGAGAAUGAAAGAUUGUUCAUCUACAGGAUCUACAUGUGAAAUCAGCUCCCUUAAAACAUCUGACACUGGAGUGUACUGGUGUGAGUCUCAAUCUGGAGAACACAGUCCUCAUAUUAACAUCACAGUACAUGAUGGUGAUGUGAUUCUGGAGAGUUCUGUUCAUCCUGUGAUUGAGGGAGAUACUCUGACUCUACACUGUUUACAUCGAUCUACAAACUCCUCAAUCCUCACAGCUGAUUUCUAUAAAGAUGGAUCACUCCUCCAGAAACAGACGACAGGAGAGAUGAGCAUCCCUACUGUCUCAAAGUCACAUGAGGGUUUCUACUCCUGUAAACACGGAGAGAGAGGACAGUCACCCGAGAGCUGGAUCUCAGUCACAGGUGAGAGU